AGCAGGCCGCCCUCCUAUUGGCGGAGGCUCGGCUGCGGACGACAGGAGAGAAAAACUCCAGGAAAAAGCACCGUCCGGAGCUGGCGCACGACGCGGCGGGACGACGGUCUGCGUCUUGGGCGUGAAGAGCGCGGAGCUGAGGACACGUCGGGACCGGCCGUUUUGUGUCUCAUAGGAAAAGUCGGACUUCUGACAAGGCAACGCGCGUUUCCUGUCGCCAAUUUACUCUUUUCGUGGCCACUAGGUGUUUACUUUUGUGUUGUUUUGUUUUCGAAAUUAAAACAUGACUGAAAGGACAAUUUGACUUUUACGCACGGAUGGAAUUACGCAGCGGCGACGCAGGCGCACUGUGAGGAGAGGAGGCGCCCGCCAACCUUCACCUCUCAUCGACUCUUCACAGAAAGCGGUUGAAACAUUUCUCUCUCUUCUUUUUCCUUCUUCUUCUUCUUCUUCUUCUUCUUCUUUUCUGUCGUUUCCCCGGAGCCUCGCGGAGAGAGAGAGAGAGAAGAGGAACAUGGCAGAACACGAGAGUCUGGAGUUCGGGAAGGCAGAUUUUGUUCUUCUGGACAAUGUGUCUUUGGAGGAAUUCAUGGCCAACCUGAAACUCAGGUUUGAGAAGGGUAGGAUCUACUCCUACAUCGGCGAGGUGGUCGUGUCGGUCAACCCCUACCGCGCCAUGAACAUCUACGGCCGCGACACCGUGGAGCAGUACAAGGGCCGCGAGCUGUACGAGAGGCCGCCGCACCUCUUCGCCAUCGCCGACGCCGCCUACAAAGCCAUGAAGAGGAGGAACAAGGACACGUGCAUCGUCAUCUCAGGGGAAAGUGGGGCAGGGAAGACGGAAGCGAGCAAGUACAUCAUGCAGUACAUUGCUGCUAUCACCAAUCCUAAUCAGAGGGCUGAAGUCGAGAGGGUGAAAAACAUGCUGCUCAAAUCCAACUGCGUCUUGGAGGCCUUCGGGAACGCCAAGACCAACCGCAACGACAACUCCAGCCGCUUCGGGAAGUACAUGGACAUCAACUUUGACUUUAAAGGAGAUCCCAUCGGAGGCCACAUCAACAACUACCUGCUGGAAAAGUCCAGGGUGAUUUUCCAGCAGGGAGGAGAGAGGAGCUUCCAUUCAUUCUACCAGCUGCUCCGAGGAGCUCCGGAGUCCUUGCUGCGCUCGCUUCACAUCCAGAAGGACCCGACAGCCUACAACUACAUCAAAGUGGGAGGCCAGAUCAAGUCCUGCAUCAACGACGGGGCAGAGUUCAAAGCUGUGGCCGACGCCAUGAAAGUGAUCGGUUUCACCGGGGACGAGAUUCAGACCGUCUACAAGAUCCUGGCCACCAUCCUGCUUCUGGGAAACCUGACGUUCGGCGUGGACGGCGACGUGACCCUGAUCGAGAGCACCAAGCUGGUGUCGGUGAUCAGGGAGCUGCUGUCCACCAAGGAGGAGAACGUGGAGAAGGCCCUGCUCUACCGCACGGUGGCCACGGGCCGAGACGUGAUCGAGAAGCAGCACACGGCGCAGGAGGCCGGCUACGGGCGCGACGCGCUCGCCAAGGCCAUGUACGAGCGUCUGUUCUGCUGGAUCGUGGGACGGAUCAACGACGUGAUCGAGGUGAAAAACUACGACGCCCGAGUGCACGGGAAGAACACGGUCAUCGGGGUGCUGGACAUCUACGGCUUUGAGAUUUUCCAGAACAACAGCUUUGAACAGUUCUGCAUCAACUACUGUAACGAGAAGCUGCAGCAGCUGUUUAUCCAGCUGGUGCUGAAGCAGGAGCAGGAAGAGUAUCAAAGAGAAGGCAUCCCUUGGAAACACAUUGACUACUUCAACAACCAGAUCAUCGUGGACCUGGUGGAGCAGCAGCACAAGGGCAUCUUCUCCGUCCUGGACGAGGCCUGCAUGAACGUGGGCAAGGUCACCGACGAGGUCUUCCUCCAAGGACUCAACGUCAAGCUCGCCAAACACGCCCACUACACCAGUCGCAAGCUCUCGCCAACCGACAAGAGUCUGGAGUUCGACCGAGACUUCCGCAUCAGGCACUACGCGGGGGACGUGGUGUACUCAGUGGUGGGUUUCAUUGACAAGAACAAAGACACGCUGUUCCAGGAUUUCAAGAGACUGCUCUACAACAGCUCCAACCCGGUGCUGAAGGCGAUGUGGCCCGAGGGCAAGCUGAGCAUCACCGAGGUCACCAAGCGGCCGCUGACGGCCGCGACGCUCUUCAAGAACUCCAUGAUCUCGCUGGUGGAGAACCUGGCCUGCAAGGAGCCCUACUACGUCCGCUGCAUCAAGCCCAACGACGUCAAGUCGCCGCUGCUGUUCGAGCAGGAGCGCUGCCGCCAUCAGGUGGAGUACCUCGGCCUGCUGGAGAACGUCCGAGUGCGGCGCGCCGGCUUCGCCUACCGACAGACGUACCCUCGCUUCCUACAGAGGUACAAGAUGAUCUCGGAGUUCACGUGGCCGAACCACGACCUGCCGUCCGACAGAGACGCGGUGAAGCGGCUGGUGCAGGGCUGCGGCUUCGACCACGACGUGGCCUUCGGCAAAACCAAGGUCUUCAUCCGCACGCCGCGCACCCUCUUCAGCCUGGAGGAGCAGCGCGCCGACAUGGUGCAACGGAUCGUCCUCUUCCUCCAGAAGGUGUGGAGGGGCACCUUGGCCAAAAUGCGCUACCGGCGGAUGCGGGCGGCCCUCGUCAUCCUCCGGGCGUACCGCCGCUACAAGGUCAGGUCGUACAUCCGCGAGGUCAACCGCCGCUUCAAGAACGUGCGCUCCAUGAAGGACUACGGCCGCCACGUGAAGUGGCCGACGCCCCCCAAAGUCCUGCGCAAGUUCGAGGAGGCGCUGAGGAGCAUCCACAACAGGUGGUGGGCGUGGACCCUGAUCAAGGGCCUUUCCCCAGAGGAGGCCCUGCAGGUGAGGGCCAAGGUGGCCGGCCUGGAGGCCCUGAAGGGCCAGAGGAGUGACCUGGGCCUGCAGAGAGCCUGGGAAGGAAACUAUCUGAAGCGCGACAGCCCCGACACGGCGGCGGCGUUCGCCCUCGUCUCCAGCGAGCUGCAGCGGAAAGACAAGUUCAUGAGAGUCCUGUUCUCCUGCAACGUGCGCAAGAUCAACCGUUUCCACAAGGCGGAGGACCGGGCGGUGCUCAUCACUGACCGCCACCUGUACAAGAUGGAUCCCCUGAAGCAGUACAAGGCCAUGAAGAGCAUCCCCCUGUACAACGUGACGGGGAUGAGCGUGUCCCCCGGGAAGGACCAGCUGGUCGUGUUCCACACCAAGGACAGCAGGGACCUGGUGGUGUGCCUGCAGGGCAUGGUCCCCGCCAACGAGAACCGCAUCGGGGAGCUGGUGGGCGCCCUGCUCAGCCACUCCAAGAGUGAGAAGAGGAAGCUGCAGGUGAACGUCGCCAGUCCCAUCCAGUGCAGCAUGAACGGGAGGAAGUGCACGAUCGUGGUCGAACCCAAGAUCAACCAGUCACAGCCGGAUUUCACCAAGAGCCGCUCCGGCUACAUCCUGGCGGUUCCCGGCAACUAAGACGCGGGCCGAGCGGGAAAAUGAAUGACGCGGUGACAGCUGAUCUCAGAACCAGGCCGGGAUGAUGAUGAUGACGACGAUGAUGAUGAUGAUGAUGAUGAUUCACUUCUGAUUCACUUCCCUUGUAUUUUGUUUUUUUGCAGAACUGCUGAUAAUGUGACAUUGUGCGAUCCGCGGCUCUGUAGGUGGAUUCGAGGGGGGAUGAUGGAAUCCUCACAUGCCAAAUUUGACCUGUCUUAUAGAUUUCUACGCAAUGUCUCAAUGAAAAGCAAGUGUAGAAUCAGCCUGCGUUCAAAACGCUUUGAGCUAAACAGGGUUUUUUUUGUUUGUUUUUAAAUAUGCACUACGAGAUAAUCCACCCACGUGUUGCUCUUUCUGUUCAGAAUUCAAAUUUAAAAUGAUUUGCUUUGUGCAAUAUUUAGCUCAUGGUGGAUUGAUUAUUAUGAGUCAAGGUGAGAAGAGAUUAUGCAGAACCGCCGAUGUUGCAAAGGUUCUGCAGGAAGGAAUAAUCCCUGCAACCCUAAAAAGAAAUGAAGAUGAUAUGAAUGACCGUGUUUUUUUUUGUUUAAUUUCUUUAAAACCCGAAUUGUGGUUUUAUUCUAAGGAAUAAUAAUGUUAAUGAACGUAACUGAAGACCCGCCCGGCUCCUCGGUGGUUAACGGAAGGAACUGUAACUCCCACUGUUUGUUCACUGAGUGUGUACAAUCACACGUGGGAACAAGCGACUCACUGUUCGAGUUAUUGUCCGUGACGGCGUGUUGAGUGAGGAUGUGUUGAUCAUAUCCGCAAAACAUCGCAAACCCGCGACAUACCAAGUGCAAAAAAAAAAAAUAACCUGUUAAUUUAAAAUCCUGCGUCUUAUAAUAUUUACUGCUAAUAUCUGUACUUUUAUAAUAUUCCAAAAAAAAAAGUUGGAAAAAAACACUGAUCUCAAAAACAGUACGUGUUUGCACAGCAGCUAUACUGCGUCCGGUGCACCGACACUUGUAGAAGGCAAAUAUUUAGGUUCAUAUUCUCCUGAAAUGUAAAAAACUGAAAACAUUUAGCGUAGCAACAGAGUGUUGCAGGCCAGUAACGUGAACUCCCGGGACUUCGUCUCGUUUGCCGUCUCUGUGUUAAUGCCUUGUAGUGGUCCUCAAAAUCCCCUUCAUCUGGGAUACAGAGAGUGUGUGUGUGUGUGUGUGUGUGUGUGUGCCCGUGUGUGUGCCCUUGUGUGUGCCCGUGUGUGUGUGUGCCCGUGUGUGUGCCCGUGUGUGUGUGUGUGUGUGUGUGUGUGUGUGUGUGUGUGUGUGUGUGUGUGUGUGUGUGUGUGUGCCCGUGUGUGUGCCCGUGUGUGUGUGUGUGUGUGUGUGUGUGUGUGUGUGUGUCUGUCUGCUCCUCUUUGGCUCGGAGGCCGGGCGUCGGGCCAGAGGCCACAGAGGAGGAGUGAGGACCGACUGUGAUCACACCGCCGUCCUGCUUUACUUUACUUUACUGUACCGCCCCCCGUCCCUCGAUGGGAAAGACCUCUUUUGUCCGUGUGAAUGCCGGACCGUCGGGAGAACGUGGUCCUCGACCAAAUGACGUCACCAGCGCUUCAGCAAUGACCGGCGGCGUUGAAAGAUUUCCCUCUACUUUUCAUUCGUUCGUAGACGAAGCGUGAGCUCGUUACAAUAUGCAAAAAUAUGUGGCAGCACAGAAGCACACGAGAUGAAGACGCUUCAUUCUGUGCGUUUAAUAUUAAUAUCCACAAAUUCAUUACGUUAGGCAUAAAAAGGAUUUCUGUUGUUCAUUUUGUCAAGUACUGUAAACAUGUUUUUGCUGCUCGAUAACCAACCAAAUUAUCGCGAGGCUAAAGGUUAAUUUCGUGACCUUGGAAAACAGCGGGUCGGACCAUUCAGUAGCGGUUCCGGAGCUGGCGGGCAUUUUACAUGAGAUUCAUCACUAAAUGGAGUUUGCCCAGUUGUCAUGGUAAUGCAGAUGUUCACAUUACCAUGGUGACACCGGGAAGUGAGAACACAAAAUCCCAGUGGAGGUUAAAUUCAGGUUGAUGGUGAUGCUAAUAAGCUAACGUAGCUUCCUCCAAUUACAUGACAAACGGCCAAACUCCACGUGCUGAUGAAGGUCACCUGAUGGGACUGAAAGCUCCUGAAAUGGAUCCAGUGGUUGUGAUCGUUUUCUGUUUCUCAGAUCACAAAUUUUAACUUUUGAGUCUCAGCUUUAAAGCCAAAGUGGACGAGAAGGUACUCGGUGCCUUCAUGGACAGUUUGAACUGGGCGAACUCCAUCCGCUCAGUGACGCUCAUGCGACAUUGGUCGAAGGCUCCUGGAUGGCGGUGUUAAUUCAGGCCUCUGUUCGAGAACAUGAAGGUCAUGUGUCACCUCUCUGCCUGCGGACGCGUCCAUGUCUCCGUGUCCAGACCGAGUGAAGGGCGACAGACCAGGGUUCUGUCCGGCCCAGUUGAAGAGGCGCGACAGGAAGGGAGACUUGAUCGCGGCGAGGUCACCCACUGGGCCGGAGUGUUUUGUCCGAGACGGGGGUCGCUUGUCUCAAUUAGCUGGCGAGUGCCCGGAGCCCUUCGCAGAAGCGAAUGUCUGCUCUCUACCUCUCGCAGCUCUGUGGGGACGACCUCGUCCUGUUUGGCGCAGAACGUGGCUGUCUGUGGGAUGGUUUGGGUAAAGGAAGUGACACAGAGGCGGUCUUGCAGUCUGAGACUGUAACAGUUGUGUUGCCCCUCAGCCACGGGGCUCCUCCUCCUCCUCCUCCUCCUCCUCCUCGCUGCUCAUCAUUAGGAUGGAUUCCGUGUCACUUCUCACUCCAGCGCUUCUCUCUUUGCUUUCUUCAGGCGAGGGGGGGGGGGGGGGG